AUGUCCAACAGCAGCUCCUUCAAUGAGUUCCUGCUCCUUGCAUUUACAGACAGAUGGGAGCUGCAGAUCCUGCACUUCUCACUCUUCUUGGGCAUCUACCUGGCUGCCCUCAUGGGCAACGGCCUCAUCAUCACAGCUAUAGCCUGCGACCACCGCCUCCACACCCCCAUGUACUUCUUUCUCCUCAACCUUUCCCUCUUUGAUCUGGGCUCCAUUUCCACCACUGUCCCCAAAUCCAUGGCCAACUCCCUCUGGGACAACAGGGCCAUUUCCUUUCUGGGAUGUGCUGCCCAGCUGCACUAUGGGAGCCUCCUGAGCAGCAGAGCUUGUGUCCAGAUGGCAGCAGCUGCCUGGGUUUCUGGGUUUUGCUAUGCUCUUCUUCAAACCGGGAACACCUUUUCCAUUCCACUGUGUGAAGGCAAUGAGGUGGAUCAGUUCUUCUGUGAGAUCCCCCAGAUCCUCAAGCUCUCCUGCWCACACUCCUACCUCAGGGAAUUCAAGGUUACUGUGAUUGCUGCAAGUAUAUUCUUUGGGUGUUUUAUUUUCAUUGUGGUGUCCUAUGUGCAGAUCUUCAGGGCUGUGCUGAGGAUGCACUCUGAGCAGGGCCGCCACAGAGUCUUUUCCAUGUGCCUCCCGCACCUGGCCGUGGUCUUCCUCUUUAUCAGCACUGUAUUUUUUGCCUACUUGAAGCCUCCCUCAAUCUCCUCUCCACUUCUGAAUCUAGUGGUCACUGUUCUAUAUUCGGUGGUGUCUCCAACACUGAACCCCCUCAUCUACAGCAUAAGGAAUAAGGAGCUCAAGAUUGCCCUGAGGAAAGGGAUUUCUUACACCUUUUUUCAGUAG